AUGCAUCCUUCUACGCCUCUCCGAGGCCUCGCAUUCGUGCUUGGUGGAUUGGGUGUGGCGUUGGCAGCGAACUUCACGACCGAGUCUGGUGACACGUGGAACAAUGACCAAUGGACCCUGACGACGGAGACUCUGGAUAUGGGCCACUACCAAUCACGCAUGUCCUUAGCAAAUGGCUAUCUAGGCAUAAAUGUUGCCACCGUCGGACCCUUUUUCGAAGUCGAUGUGCCCGUGGCCGGCGACAGCAUCAGUGGCUGGCCUUUGUUCAACAGCCGCCAGACCUUUGCUACUAUCGCCGGCUUCUACGAUACCCAGCCCACCACCAAUGGCACCAACUACCUGUGGCUAAAUCAAUAUGGCGCGGAGAGCGUAAUCAGUGGAGUCCCUCAUUGGGGCGGAUUGAUACUAGAAAGCAACAACCAAACAUUGAACUCUACGGUGAACCCAGACUCCAUUCGGAACUACGUCUCUACACUGGACAUCAAAAAGGGACUGAUGAAGUGGAGCUAUACUUGGACGCCGACCGAUGGACUCAACAUCAACGUCACAUAUUCCAUGUUUGUGCACAAGCUCUAUGUCAAUCAGGCCGCGGUACAGGUCGAGCUUUCGGCAAGUAGUGACACCGAUGUCAAGGUUAUCGACAUACUUGAUGGAACUUCUGCAGUGAGAGCAGACUUCGUAUACAAGAACUACGAGCCAGAUACCAAGACAAUCUGGACGGCGGUGCGACCAAAUGGAAUCGACAAUAUCACGGCAUACAUAUACUCAACCCUGAAGACCAACGAUUGCGUAGGCUCGGUCACCCCUAGUCCAUUUCUCGACUAUAGCUCCGGCAAUGCCUCCACCAUAGCGCAAUCCAUUGCAUUUAAGCUACGUGCACACGAAACAGCUGUAAUCGAAAAGCAUAUUGGUGGUGCUUCUCACGACGCUUUCGACGAUCCACAGGAAGUGGCACGGUGCGCAUCGCUCUCAGGGGCCAAGACUGGAUUCGGACCUUUACUCGACACUCACAUCAAGGAAUGGAACAGCAUCCUACCCGAGGACUCGGUUGACGACUACAUUCUUCCAGGUGAUGAUACACCACCCAACAAUGACACGUGGUUAUUGCAGAUUACAUCAGUCACCAGCCCGUUCUAUAUACUUCAAAAUACUGUAGGACCAAACGCCAUUGAAAUUGCCGGCGGCAACAAAAAGCUUGAUAUCAACAGCAUCUCUGUGUGCGGCCUUGGAUCUGACUGCUACGCCGGUCUGAUCUUCUGGGACGCUGAGAUAUGGAUGGCUCCCGGUUUGGAUAUGUCUCAUCCACACCACAUUAAGCAGAUUACCAACUACCGCAAGGAGAAAUUUCCUCAAGCGCAGGAAAACGUCAAAAUGGCGUAUUCGUCCUCUCAAAACCAAACCGGAAAAUUCUCGAACGGCGGCGCGGUGUACCCGUGGACCAGUGGCCGCUGGGGGAACUGCACCGGAACCGGCCCAUGCUUCGAUUACGAGUACCAUAUUAACGGCGAUAUCGGGAAGCAAAUGUACAACUACUACUCGACUACUGGAGAUCGGGAGUACUUCGAGGGAGAUCUGCUCCCCAUCUACGAUGCUAUCGCGUACUUUUACUCAGAGCUGAUGGACUUGAACGAAACUACCGGCAAAUAUGAACUUCUGAAUGCUACGGAUCCGGAUGAAUAUGCGAACAAUGCCGACCGCAUUGGCUUUACGACUGCACUGAUACAGAAACACUUGAACGAAUCGAACAUUCUGAACGAGUGGUUUGGGCUCCCUACGAACGAAAGCUGGACGGAGCUGGCCGGGAACAUAGAUCUCCCCACCAACAACGAAGUAGGCAUCAUAUUGGAGUAUGGAACCAUGAACGGGUCGAUAAAUGUCAAACAAGCAGAUGUCAUCCUGAUAGACGACAUCUUGGACUAUCCUAACAACUACUCCCUUUCCGAUCUCGACUAUUACGCCGCAAAGCAAUCCACCACUGGCCCAGGAAUGACCUAUGGCGUCUUUAGUAUUGUUGCAAACGAGGUUUCUCCAUCGGGAUGCUCAUCCUAUACUUACAAUCUCGUCGGCGUAGAGCCCUAUGUUAGAGCUCCCUGGUACCAAUUCUCCGAGCAGCUUGGAGACAACUUCCAAGACAACGGCGGCACCCACCCAGCCUUCCCGUUCCUCACCGGAAUGGGCGGCGCCAACCGCGUUGCUAUCUUUGGCUAUCUAGGCGUCCGCAUCUUCCCAGACCGCCUCGACAUCGACCCAUCACUGCCCUCUCAAAUCCCGUAUAUCAGUUACCGCACCUUCUACUGGCAAGGCUACGCCUUCUCCGCCACCUCAAACCAAACCCACACCAACCUCACGCGCCUGGCGAACUCCCGCGUCCUCCCCAAAGCCAACUCCACCUACGCCUCCAACCCCAUCCCCAUCUCCCUCGGCACUCUCGGCGACAGUGUCAACUACACCAUCGCCGCCAACGAAACCCACACCUUCUCAAACCGCCUCCUCGGCCAAAACGCCACCGUUGCCGGCAACAUCCUCCAGUGCAUCCCCGCCCGGUCCGACCAAGCCUACAUCCCGGGCCAGCUCCCCAUCGCCGCCAUCGACGGCGCGGCGAGCACGAAAUGGCAGCCCGCCCUCGGCAACGCCACGGCCGUGCUGACCGUCGACCUCGCCGCCACUCCCCACGGCGCGGCGGGCACGGCCAUCACCGAGCUGCGCUUCGACUGGGGCGCGCGGCCGCCGCAGAUGUUCGCCGUCGUCUUCUCCGACUCCCCGAGCGCCGCCACCCUCGGUCUCGAGCUCAUCCUGCCGUUCAAUGCUACGCGGGGCUACACGGCGCUUGGGGACUCGCCGAGCGCGUCGCUGACGAACGUCACGGCGGAGGGGAAUGUGAGGAUUAGCGCGCCGUACGAUGCGGGCAGUGUGGCCGCCCUGGUGAAGAUUGGCGCGAAUACGACGAAUGUAACGCUAGACGCGCCCGUGGCGACGCGGCGGUGGGCGCAUUUGCUGCUGUGGGGGGUAGCGGGGACCACGAAUUAUACGGGGGGUGGGGCGACGGUUGCGGAGUGGGUUAUGCUUGAGUAG